AUGUCUUACACCACUCUUAACGUUAACACCCACUUCUCCCUCUUCGCCUCCCCGCCUGCAUCCUCAAAUGUAUUUGCUGUCUUUGCUCCAACACAGUCCCCACGUGAGACACAUGCGAUGUACGCAGAGUUCCGCCAGGUGCUUGGCGCUUCCAACGGACAAAAGAAGCAGGGCAAGAGCGUGCUGAAGAAGAUCCUUGGUACCAAUUAA